AUAGGGUGUUUUCUGCAAAAGGAAUUUAUUCUAAUAUUUAUUCCAUGAUGAAUCAGACGGUCCGCGCUCCGCGGUGCUCGUAUAGCAGAUGGUGUUCGUCUUUUGCUUCUCAUCCGUCGAAGUCGUGGCGGAGGCCGCGUUUCUGCUGGGAUUUCCAUCACUUCCUGCCUUUUCCCCUUCCAUUUUUCGGCUGGUCAGAUCCUCUCCUCGGUGCAUUCUAAAUCCCCGUAACUCUUGAGAAGGUCCUUUUUCUUCUUCUUCUUCUUCUUCUUGAUUCUUGGAUUCGAAACCAGUCUCUUGACGUUCUUGGAAGGUAAUUGUGUUAUUUCGCGUCUUCAAUGAUACGAGCUCUGUGUCUUGGAUUCGUCGAGUUUUUGACAUUCGGUGUCAGGUUCUGAUGAAAUGGUGGUAUGGAAGAUGAGGAUUAUUGCAGAGAAUUCUUGAUUACACGAGAAUGUUUCGUGUGGCUUGGUUUGGAUUGAUUUAUUGGUUAGGGUUUCUGUGAUCUUGAGGAGACGGUUUUGGAAAUUUUGUGAAAGAUUGGACAUCGUUUUCUAUAUUCUGAAGAGGACGGUUUCGUCCUCUUCUGCGAAUUGGUACCGGGUUUCGGGUUCGUCAUCUGCUACUGCUGGAUGUAAUAAUUGGUGAUUAUGGUUUGAGUUUGAUGGUUGGUUUUUUAUUCUUCCUUCCAUCUUGUGAUUUUAGGUUGAUUUUUGGUUUGGUUUUGUGAAUACAUGGAAUUAUUUUCUUUUUCUUUCUUUAUAUGAUCAAUUGGAGAGAAACUGGUUUAUGAUCAAAUAGUACACUUGAAAUGCAUUUACAAGCUCUUUAGGUGCUAAAGUUAUAUUGUACUUCACAAGAUUGCGAUUAAGUAGUUAGCUGUGUUUGAGGCAGUAAAUGUCAAUUAAACAUUAUUAUAGAUAUGUGACAGGUCAGGGAAAUCUGAGUGUUGGGACCCCGGGAUUCAUUAUGUACCGAGUGGAAGACCCAAACGCUUGAAAGCACAAUGAACAUUCACAUCCUUGCUUUCUUCCUUCUUGCCACCUCCACCUCUCUCUUUCUUGUGUAUUUGCUUGUCUUCUCUCUCUUUUUCCCCUUAUUUUCAUUUUUUAUUUGGACAAUUUUUUAUGCUUAAAGAAAGCAUUUACUGUUUAUCUUUUGUUGGUUUCCUCAACUAGUUUAGUUGUGGUUUAGAGCAUUAUCUUUGAUGAAUACUUGACAAAUUGAUGAAAAUCAAAUUUUAUUUCGCUGACGUGAAAAGAAAAGGACUGACCCGUAUCACUUUGCAUUGGUGGUAAACUCAGGUUCAAGUUCAAUUGAUAUUUUAGGGUUGUCACAUAACAUCAUACACAAUUGGGAUCUUAUUUCCUAGAUUGACAAUAAAGUAGAAGAACGAAAUAAAUAAAAAUAAUAUUGCAAUAAUCAUCAUCUUGUAGGAAAGGAAAGACAUAAUGCACAAAGAAGGAAGAUUACUUUCCAGAAUCAUCAUCUUACAAGAAAGGAAGAAUAUCAUGCAUAAAAAAAUAAUAUUUUCCAAAACUAUGCUAGAAGCUUAUCUUCUAAAAAAAUAACUAGAUACAGUGUGUUGACUUGUCUUGAUGUGUUUUUUAUUUUCUUUCUUGUUAGUUACUUCCUGUUCUUCUUGUAUUUGUGGUCUGUAUAAAGAGGGCAAUAAUUGUAAUGAGAUCAUUAGUCUUUGGAUGCCACGUGAGUGGUGAGAGGGCAUGGUUUCUCUAUCAGUCGGAGGACUUGGAGUGAGUCUAAGACUAUGCUUUGCUUUCCUCUGCUCUCUGAAGCCAACCUGCAAUGAAGACACGUUGAUUGAACUUGCAACGUCUCUUAAAGCUCUCCUCCUUGACCAUCUUGUGGAAUUGAAGAUGUCUUGUGAGGAUAAAGCAAUGGCCAGUCGAAGUCCUUCACCGAAAGUUACAAUGACAGGGAUAUCAAGCUCGAGUGGCAUCAUCUCCAUUAAUUCAGACAGAGAACCAACUCAAGCACUUGACCAGCAAAUUGGGGUCUCGCAUGGACAUGUGGCUAUCCUUUGGGACAUUGAGAACUGUCCGGUUCCAAGUGAUGUCCGGCCCGAAGAUGUUGCUGGUAACAUAAGAAUCGCUCUACGAGUGCAUCCUUUCAUUAGGGGAGUUGUUACAGUGUUCUCUGCUUAUGGGGAUUUUAAUGCUUUCCCCAGACGAUUGAGGGAGGGCUGCCAGAGAACUGGAGUUAAACUAGUAGACAUCCCAAACACUAGAAAAGAUGCUGCCGACAAGGCUAUCUUGGUUGAUAUGUUUCUUUUUGCUCUAGAUAACCAACCACCCUCGUCAAUCAUGCUGAUAUCUGGCGACAUAGACUUUGCUCCUGCUUUGCAUAUUCUUGGUCAGCGUGGAUACACCAUAAUCCUUGUCAUCCCUUCAGGAGUCGGUGUUUCUUCGGCUCUCAGAAAUGCAGGACAGUUUGUAUGGGACUGGCCUUGUGUAGUCCGUGGUGAAGGUUUUGUGCCUCCAAAGACUUUUCCCCAUGGCUACAUCAUGAAUUUCAGGAAUGAGGAUAACCCUGACAUGGAAAAUGGAGAAGAGACCAUUGUUUAUCAAGGACUCUCGAUAAGCGAAGAUCCCACUUGGGGUAACUUUAACCAAGCAUAUAGCUGUAUGCCUUCACAAGUAUCUAGAGAACGUAGUGGAGCUUCUCAAUCAUCAGAGCACAAUAUCAAUAACUCAGCAGCUGGGUCUUGUUUUACUUCUUCAAGAUGUGAAUGUCUUCCAUCUGUUCAAGUACAUCAGAAUUCUUCCCUGGAUCAGGACUGGUGGGUUCAACCAGGAGAUCUUCAGGGUUUAAAGGGCCAGAUAGUAAGGCUGCUUGAGAUGUCUGGUGGGAGUUUGCCUCUCGUACGUGUUCCUUCAGAGUAUCUCAAGGUAUUUAGGAGGCCGCUCUAUGUGUCAGAGUACGGAGCUUACAAACUGGUGAAUCUCUUUCAGAAAAUGGCUGAUGCACUAUUUGUAGUCGGGAAGGGGCAUAGAAAGCUGUUGUGUCUUCACAAUUCUGCUGGUAGACAUAUAAAAAAGUGCCUGGGUAGUCCAUCUAUCGUGAUGACAAAUGAAAAGGGAAAGAGGGUUCCGGAAGAGAGCAUCGAUAUCAGCACCUGUCCACAAUUAGGUAGCUUCUCUGAUGAAUCCUUGGAAGAUGAGAAGAAUGAUGAUUUUUUUCUAGGUUCAACCUAUGAUUUUGAGGACCAGCUUACAAAUAUCAGACAGGAAACGCAAGAGCUUCUUGUUUGUUACUCCUGUCCAAUUCCCCUCGGUGCUUUUGCAGCUCUCUAUGAGCAGCGUUACAAGAAAGUCCUCGACUACCAGAGCUUUGGAGUGGAUUGUCUAGAACAAUUGAUUGAGAAGAUGAGAGAUGUUGUGAAGUUGCAUGAGGAUCGGGAUAGCAAGAAAAAGUUUCUUGUAUCCAGUUUCUUAAGCAGAUAAGUUAACUUGAAAGUUUGACUUACCAGAGAACAAAUGAUAGGUUGAAAAAUGUCGUGAAGUUGUAGGAGGAUCAGCAAAGCAAGAGGGAGUUUCCUGUAUCCAAAAUUUUUAUGUGGAUAAGGUCAUUUCUAGUGGCCAAUUCGUCACUGCUAUGUUCUCUACUUCAUAAUCAGCAAGUCAAAUAUUAUGUUGUGCAGUAGUAUGCGUCUGGUGCCAACAAUGACACCUAUUUUUUUCCAAGUGUCAGUAAAGCAUGUCCAAAGGCACAAGCUGCACUUUAUGUACUUUAUGAUGUUAGCAAAUGAGAUGCCAAAUGGAACUCUACAUUUUCAAAAGUGGAGAAUUGACUUUAUUUUC